AUGGAUAGUGUUCCUUUGGAUUGUCAGCUUCUGUGCUGGGAUGUUGUUUACCAACAGGAGAAAUGGGAUGAAGAUAGUGUCGGAAGGAAGGACAUUGCCAGCAUUCGAUCCAAUACUACGGGGGAAGUUUAUGAGAUUUAUCAUUCUAUCAAAAAUUUGGACAAGAAGAUCUUGAAUCUUGAAACAAAAGUAGACUCGUUAACGACGAAAAACCAGUCUGCGCUCGAUGAUUCUUUGUCAGAAACCAGAAACGUAAGUACCAAAAGGAAGUACUUUAUGGUAAUAGGAAUCAAUACAGCUUUUAGUAGUCGAAAAAGAAGAGAAUCCGUUCGGGCUACAUGGAUGCCUCAAGGGGGAAAAAGAACAAGACUCGAGAAAGAAAUAGGAAUCGUUAUACGCUUCAUCAUAGGCCACAGUGCAAGACGAGGCGGUAUUCUUGAUAAUUCGAUUGAAGAAGAGGAAAAACGUUAUGGAGAUUUUAUGAGGCUGGAUCAUAUCGAAGCAUACUUGGCUUUAUCGGCUAAGACAAAAAUAUACUUUGCGACUGCGGUUGAAACGUGGGAUGCGGAUUUCUAUGUCAAAGUCGACGAUGAUGUUCAUGUAAAUAUAGGAGCAUUGACGAGAACGCUACUAACUCAUGUUAACAAGCCCCGUGUGUAUAUCGGCUGCAUGAAGUCUGGUCGCGUGCUUACCGAAAAGGGAGUAAAAUAUCGAGAACCGGAGUUUUGGAAAUUCGGUGACGUGGGAAACAACUAUUUCCGCCAUGCGGGGGGACAAAUAUACGCGAUCUCGAAAGAAUUGGCUACAUAUAUAUCAAAAAACCAGGAUAUUUUGCACAAGUACGCGAAUGAAGACGUUUCGUUAGGAACUUGGAUGAUCGGUUUAGACGUUGAACACGUUAACGACAGGAGCUUAUGUUGUGGCACUCCGGUAUGUGAGUGGAAGAAUUUGAUAGGGCAUACGUGUGUUGCAACGCUCGAUUGGGCAUGUAGUGGCAUAUGCAACUCGCAAGAGAGGAUUCGAGAUGUCCAUAAGCGUUGUAGCGAAGAUGAGAACGACUUAUGGCAAGUAAUUGUUUGAAUUAUGGACGGAGUUAGGUUCUUGUUAUACAAGAUGAGCGAAUGCGUAAAUGCUUCCACCUCAACGUCGAGAAAAUAAUCAAGCUCUGUUUGGCUAAAUCUCGGAGGUUUUGCCGGUGGCAAUAUCAGAUAAAUUUCCAACUUUGAAGAGUUCAUAUAAAUGCAACUC